CAGAGCGAGCUAGCGAGCACAAUCACGGCUCUCGGCACAGGGGGAGCCCGACCUCGAGCCGGCUCGUGUGGUUAAUCAGUGCUCCCUUCCUCCAUCCCGUGCCCGCAUUAGUCCCCUGAAGUUUUGCAGCCGCGGAGGAGCCCGGAGGUGCCCGAAGCGUCAAAAGAAGAGGGGGCCAGAGGGGAGGGGGACGCGGAGAAGCCCACCCCUCCCGCACACGCUGAGCAAUAAAGCCGAGGAAAAGAAAGGAGCCGGGGUGGGGGGAAAGGCGGAAAUAUGGCUGGGGCAAUUAUAGAGAACAUGAGCACCAAGAAGCUUUGCGUUGUCGGUGGGAUUUUGCUUCUUUUCCAAGUCAUCGCUUUCCUGGUGGGAGGCUUGAUCGCUCCGGGCCCCACGACAGCAGUGUCCUACAUGUCAGUGAAAUGCGUGGACUCAAAGAAAAUUCAUCACAAAUCCAAGUGGUUCAUGCCUUGGGGCUCCAACCAGUGUGACAAGAUCCGGGACUUUGACGAGGCCCCUCCCAGGCAGAUCGAAGCCAAUGACAUUGUGUUUGCCGUGCAUGUACCCCUGCCUGCCAUGGAGAUGAGCCCCUGGUUCCAGUUUAUGCUCUUCCUCCUCCAGCUGGACAUCGCCUUCAAGCUGAACAACCAGAUCAAAGAGAACGCUGAAGUCUCCCUCGAUGUCUCCUUGGCUUAUCGCGAUGACACGGUCACUGAGUGGACAGAAAUGACCCAUGAAAGAGUGCCCCGGAAACUCAAAUGCACCUUCACGUCCCCCAAGAUUCCAGAACACGAGGGCCGUUACUAUGAGUGUGACGUUCUCCCUUUUAUGGAAAUUGGGACUGUGGCUCACAAGUACUAUCUUUUCAACAUCCGGCUGCCAGUGAAUGAAAAGAAGAAAAUCAACGUCGGUAUUGGGGAGAUCAAGGAUAUCCGCUUGGUGGGAAUCCAUCAAAAUGGAGGCUUCACUAAGGUGUGGUUUGCCAUGAAAACCUUCCUCACACCCAGCAUCUUCAUCAUCAUGGUGUGGUACUGGCGAAGGAUCACUAUGAUGACGCGCCCACCCGUCCUACUGGAGAAGGUCAUCUUUGCCCUGGGGAUCUCCAUGACGUUCAUCAACCUCCCAGUGGAGUGGUUUUCCAUCGGCUUUGACUGGACCUGGAUGUUGCUCUUUGGGGACAUCAGACAAGGGAUUUUCUACGCGAUGCUCCUCUCCUUCUGGAUUAUCUUCUGUGGCGAGCACAUGAUGGAUCAAAAUGAGCGGAAUCGCAUUUCUGGCUACUGGAAGCAGGUUGGGCCCAUCGCUGUCGGUUCCUUCUGCCUCUUCAUUUUUGACAUGUGUGAGAGAGGGGUGCAGCUGACAAACCCCUUCUACAGCAUCUGGACCACAGAUGUUGGCACCGAACUGGCCAUGGCCUUCAUCAUCGUCGCUGGGAUCUGCCUCUGCCUCUACUUCCUGUUUCUCUGUUUCAUGGUCUUCCAGGUGUUCCGGAACAUCAGCGGGAAGCAGUCGAGCCUGCCCGCCAUGAGCAAGGUUCGCCGGCUGCACUAUGAGGGCCUGAUUUUCCGGUUCAAAUUUCUCAUGCUCGUCACCCUGGCUUGUGCUGCCAUGACAGUCAUCUUCUUCAUCGUUAGCCAGGUGACCGAGGGCCACUGGAAAUGGGGAGGCGUCACAGUCCAGGUGAACAGCGCUUUUUUCACAGGCAUCUAUGGCAUGUGGAACCUCUAUGUCUUUGCACUGAUGUUCCUGUAUGCUCCAUCUCACAAAAACUAUGGGGAUGACCCGUCCAACGGAGAUCUGGGCAUUCACAGCGCAGAAGAACUACAGCUCACGACCACCAUAACACACGUGGACGGACCGACCGAAAUCUACAAGUUGACUCGCAAAGAGGCUCAAGAGUAGAAGCUUCGAGCCCAGCUCAGAACAGACAGGAGACUAUCCCGACGGGGGCAGGAGCACAUCGGAGAGGGACGAAUUUACAAAAGCAGUCUCGCGCUUUUCCUCACGCAGGGUCUCUGGGCAUGGUGUCACCAACACUUGUAAACUUUCCUUCGCACGGUAGCUGGGGGGUGGGGGGGGCAGGAAAGCAAAGCUCUAGCAUGACACAUUCUGUGACUGUGGAUGACUCGUCACGUGUGUAGUGGGUGGUUAGAAAACCUCACGUGUGGGGGCCAUUCUUGCUAGGGAAUGGUCUGGACUAGAUGGGAACCACACCAAGUGGAUAUUUGAACCUUGUUUCUGUUCUAGGUGAUAGGAUGAUGUGAAAUAUCCUUUGAACUCCAUGCUAGGCUGAUAUCAUAGGCCUUUUACUCCUAGACCAAGACCAUGUCUGUUUUUCUAUUUAUAGCCUCAGUAGCCUGUUCAGUUAAUAUUUAUGUUGUCAAUAAAUCCAUGUCCCUCAUUGGGUAUAGCCUAGUGUAAUGUAACACAUAGUGGAGAAAAUCCACAUACACAAGGAGUGUUGCCGCUUUCAAACCAAAUCAUGUGUAUCCAGUACUAACCAGUCUUGUAUGGUGUAGAUAUUUUUUUAUUUUUGCUAAACUACUCAAGUAGAGUUUAUGGUAUUAAAUGGCCUUUGGGUCUGAAAAGUCA